AGGAUGGGAGUCCAACGUCUGAACAUGCUGCUGAAGAACCACCAGGAGAUCCACCAGGAGGUCCGGUUCAGGAGCAGCCGGCUGGUGGUGGAUGGCUGCAACCUGCUCUACCAGCUCUACUUCAGCUCAGGUCUGGACCAGAAUCAUGGCGGGGAGUAUGCUGCAUUCGAGGCCUUGAUCGAGAAGUUUGUCCAGGCCCUCAGAGACUGUGAUAUCAAGCCGUACGUGGUGCUGGACGGCGGCACCGACCCCACGGACAAGAAGUCUGAAACCCUGAUGUCCAGAGCCAAAAACCGGCUCCGGAAAGCCAACCGGGCGGCGGAGGACGGCGCACGGGAGAACGUCCUGCCUCAGCUGGCCAAGCUGGUGUUCAGGCAGACGCUGAUCUGGCUGAAGGUCCCGUUGGCUCAGUGCUAUGGAGAAACCGACCGCGAGAUCGCCGCCCUGGCCCGGGAGUGGGAGUGCCCCGUGCUCUCCCAAGACAGCGACUUCUUCAUCUUUGACCUUCCGGCAGGGCUGCUGCCGAUCGACCACUUCCAGUGGAAGGCGGUGGAGCGGAGCGGCUCGCAGAGCUCCAUCCCCUGCAAGAGCUACAACACCUCCUCCUUCUGCAUCCACUUCAACAUCAAACCCCAGCUGCUGCCCGCCUUCGCCGCCUUGGCCGGGAACGACUACGUGAAGCUGCCGAUCAACUGGGCUCAGUUCGCUCCAGAGGGCAAUAAGACAACGAGACACCUGGAGGGGCUGCUGCGCUGGCUGAGGGGCUUCCAGACGCCUCACCAGGCCUUCGAGGCGGCGCUGGGGCUGAUGGGAGAUCUGAGCGAGACCAGAAGGGACAAGGCCAUGAAGGAUUUAUAUCUGGGGAUGGAGGAGUACCAGCUCCCUCCUAGCACCCUGAAGAAGUUCUUCAUCCAUGGGACGCCACCUCCGUUCCCAGAAGAGUUAGCGGGUCGUGUCCCGGACUGGACCCGGCUGCCACUGACCCAGGCCUGGCUGAAUUCGAACAUCCUGUACGUGCUGCUGCUGCGGAGGAUGUCCUUCAGCUGCGCCGUGGAGCUCCACACCACGCCCAGCGCUCACCGGACCUCCAGGCCACUCCGCCGGCUGAUGUACGGGCUGCUGCUUGGCGAAGGAAAGGAGGUCUCGGAGAACGACAGAGACGGCUUCCAGUUUAAAAUCGUCCCGGUCCAGUCUGCCGUCACGGCGACCUCGGAGAAGCUGGAACUGGACUCGCUGGAUAAGGCGGAGCCCUCUCUGCGGCUGCAGGUCUUGCAGGAGGCUCUGGGGGUGACGGAGGCGUCUCUGAGGGACCUGCCGCCUUGGCUGCGCCUCCCGGUGGCCGUCACCUGCUACUGGCUGCGGACGGCUCAGCCUCCACCGGACGAGGUGCUGCUGAAGGCGCUGCUGCUGGGCCUGUGCACCGGAGACCCGCUGAGACACCGAGCAGAUCUGCAGAUUUUUAACAUAACUUUAUCCAAAAGUUAUAAAGAGCCGACGGAUGCGGUUGUUGGUCACGCCAUCAACCAGUGGCAGUCCUGCCUGAGGACCAGUAUCGACCUGAACCAGCUGCUGGGCUUCCCUUUCCUUGAGCCCCCGGUCUCCAGGUUGUACGAGGGGACGCUGGUGCACCAGCUGGACCGCAGGACGAGGUCGAGACGGAAAACGAGGCUCUUUCCCAUUUACGAUCGCUGCAGCGUGAACCGCUACAACCUGAUGCAGGACAUCGUCCACCAGCUCCACGCCCGGGAGGCGCCGGCGCCCUCAGAGGAGCAGGGAGCGACGGCGGCGGCGGCAGCGGUGCAGCAGGAACAGGAACAGUGCCAGGCGCCUCUGGACGACGUGACGGUCAACCUGCAGCAGCUGUUUCUGCAGGACGAUGACGAGGACGAGGACCAAACAGUAAAGGACAACUCGGACAAAUUCAGCAUGGAUGAACUUGAUACAAUUAAGCAAAGCUUUUAUGUGGAUGAUUGUCUCAAGUCAGUGCCUUCCAUCAAGCAGGCAGUCAAGCCUACUACGGGCCUCAGAGAAGCAUGCACCCAAGGAGGCUUUACUCUCACCAAAUGGGUAAGUAACAGCCUUGAAGUACUCCCAACUGUUCCUGAGAGUCACAGAGCCAAACUAGUGAAACAACUUGACCUGGACAGAGAGAAACCACCUCUUGAAAGAGUAUUAGGCAUCCAAUGGAACAUCCACAGAGACAGCUUUACCUUCACUGUGGCUGUCAAAAGCCACAAGAGUUCCCACAAGACCAGCGAUCCUCUGCACAGUUAG